AGUUCGGCUCCGCGACUCUUAAAUGGUACACCUCCAACACGCAGGCACGGCGACUCUCACGAUGGUCUCGCUGGUUCCAUCGCUUCUUUGGCUGACAGUGAUUGUGCAGCUACAGUGCACAAUGCAAGAUCGACUUCCACGAGAGGAUCAUCUACGCACGUCGACCCCAACAGGAAGUGAGGUGGCGGACGUGGGCUCAGUGACCAGCUCGGGAGAUGGUGCCUCGUCCUCGCAGCUGUUCGAGCCGCGCGACCACCCCAACUGGCAGCUGUUCGAGCACGAGCAGUGCGGCGCCAGCUUGUCGGACAGGAUCAUAGGCGGGGAGAAGGCAGACUUGGGCGCCUUCCCUUGGAUCGCCAGGAUAGGCUAUACAAGCUUAGGGGAGUGCCACGAAGGGACUGGGUGA